GCAGCCGCCCCGCUUCCAGCAAGCCGUUCAAGGCUCGGGAUCCCCCUGGUCGGUUCUCCGAGCCUUCCCGUAAACGGAGCAGGGAAAGCCAGCAAGCCGAGAGUCGCACCGGGCUCCUCGUCGUCGUCCGCGCAAGACUUCAAGGAGCUGAGAGCAAAGGUUUUGCCAGGACUCAAACACGGCUUCCUCCCAGGAAGCCAGGAGUGGAAGGGAUGAAAGAGAAAAGAAUUGCAGGCCCAAAAUUAGAAGGAGGUCAAGAAGGAGCAGGAAAAGCCACCAGUAAAUUUCAUCCUGAAUAUAUGGUAAAGCGACCAGGAUGGGGAAUUCCACAAGAAGACAAAGGGGAGCCAUCCAGGGUGAGGCAAGAGCACUGGGAAGCCCAAUGGCAGGAGUUGCUGAGGACACUACAGCCCGUUCACACAACAUGGGGAAGCCCAGUGAUGCCAGAGGCUGCCCCGUGGGAAGAUACCAAGGCCUUUCUGGCCUCCUUUGAGCAAGUGGCCAAGGCCUGCCAGUGGCCGAGAGGAGAGUGGGUGGCCCGGCUCCUGCCAGCCCUGAGCGGGGAAGCAGAAGAGGCCUUUCGGAGCCUGGAAGCCAGAGAUCAGGAGGACUAUGGGAAAGUGAAGGCGGCCAUCUUGCGAGGGGAAGCCCUGAGGAUGGAGGUGCAGCGCCAGCACUUCAGGCAAUUCUGCUGCCAGGAGGUCGGAGACCCCCGAAGGAUUCACAGCCAAGUCCAGGAGCUUUGCCGGCAGUGGCUGAAGCCGGAGAGACACAGCAAGGAGCAGAUCCUGGAGCUGCUGAUCCUGGAGCAGUUCCUGGCCAGCCUGCCAGAGGACCUCCAGGGCUGGAUCCGAGCAGGAGGGCCGGACACCUGCUCCCAGGCCGUGGCCCUGGCCGAGGACUUCCUCACGAGCCAGCGAGAGGCCGAGGGAGGGAAGUGGCAGGGGCCAACGAAAGAGGAGUGUGUGGGUUCCCUGGAUACAGAGGAAAAGCCUUUGGAAGCUGCUGAGGGAUGUAUCAACGAAGAAGCCAGGCAGAUUGAUGGUGGCUCGUUCCUUCCCCCUGAAGGACAGGGAAUGGAUCAAACCGGUCUGACAGAGGGAGCCAUGAACCUGAAGGAAACAGGCAUGUACUUGCAGAUUGUCAAGCGAAGCCUGACGCAGCCAGGCCAACAGACAAUGGUCUGGAAAGUCCUCCAGGAGGAUGGUGAGAAAGGAGUUUCUUUGGGUGAUGGGAAGAAAAGUCAGGUCAAGAUGGAGGAUUGUCGCGGUGAAGGCAAUGAGCCAGCGGACACACUUAGGACAGCCCCACAGAUAAACCAUGGAAACGUGCCGGAAAUAGCUGGGAUGCAUAAGGAAGGAUGGGAGUCUAAAGAGGAACAGGGAAAGCUGUCAGUGGAAAGAGAGAAUGGGUGUAUUGCGCUCACAGACACUCUUACCGCUGCAGUUAUCCCAAAUUCCACAAGGCGUACAAGGGAUAACAUUCCCUUGUUCUCAGAGUUUGGUCAAAGGUAUUGCUACAAGCCGGAACUUGAUGUCAUACCUGCUGUGGAGGACAACACCAAAUAUCCCACGUCAGAGGAAAACCUCCAGCAAAAUUCAUACUUUGAUCAACAUCAGAGAACCGUAAAGGGAGAGUGUAAAUCUGAAUUUUCCGAAUAUGGAGACGAUUUUUUGAAUAGCCAUCAGGAUAACCCCACAGAAGAGAACCCUCUUAAUGUGUGUGGGAAGAGUUUUACUCAUACAACGUCGCUAAUGGGAAACCAAGGAAUUCAAAGUGAAGGGAAACCAUAUGACCAUUCCCGUUGUGGGGAGAGCAUCAAUCAGAGAGAACAUUUGAUGACUCAUCAGCAACUUCAUACCAGACAGAAACUGUAUGAUUGUCCGACAUGUGGGAAGCAUUUCACAUUUAGAGAAGCAGUGACGAGACACCAGAGAAUUCACACUGGCGUGAAACCAUACAAAUGUUCUUAUUGUGGGAAGUGCUUCAACCAGGGCGGAUAUUUGAAGAUUCAUCAGAGAAUUCAUACUGGGGAGAAACCAUACGGAUGUCUGGAGUGUGGGAAAAACUUCAGUCGGAGAAUGCACUUGAUGGAUCAUCAGAGAAUCCACACGGGAGAGAAACCGUUCAACUGCCUGGAAUGUGGGAGAAACUUUUCUCGGAGAGAUAUGUUAACCAGACAUCAGAAAAGUCACGGAGGACAGAAACCACACGAAUGCCCCGAGUGUGGGAAGAGUUUUGUUCGAAAAGAUAAAAUGAAUAGGCAUCGGAGGAAACAGCACUAACAGAAUACGCGUGUGUGCGGUCGGCAGUUAUAUUUCCAGAGAGCCAUUGUGAGAAAUAAGCCAGGGGUUCUCCACCAACACAUAACGUUCCAUGAUCAUCUAAACCGGCUUCCUAUCAGGGUCUGUUGCCACGGAGGCUGCAUUCAGACAACACGAUAGUCAACAGUGGAGUAAUAAACUCGACAGUUGUUUAUCUAAGGGGUACUCCCCACACAACAUAAUAAUCAACCGUGGAGUGGAUUAGGAUCAGCAUUGAGUUGACUAGUCCACGCUGAGUUGACUCACUUAUCCCCUGCCCUCUCUCCCUCCUCAGUCCUCCCACUAGUAUCCCAUCAGCCAUUGCUGCCAAAAGUCUAUCCUGCCGGCUGGACUAGAGCUUCAGCCACUGCUUUGACCGCUCUUGCCUUGCAACUCUGUGGCUGAUGGAAUAAGCAGUGGUGGCCAAGGAAAUGACUGAUGGUACCGUCUAAACAACAGGAUAAACAGUGGCGGUUCAAAUAGCCAAUUCUGCACAGCGUUGGUUAUUUUGACCAAAUAACCAACUGUUGGUUAACAAGCUCCCUCCACACAAGAUGACCCAUGGUGGGUAAAUAACCAACCGUCAACUAUUUAAACCACCACUGGUUAUCCUGUUGUCUGAACCCAGCCAGAUUUUCCUUUCUCCCAAACCACUUUAGCCCUUAGGUUAGCAGCUGGCCCUUCCAUUAGUCCCAGCCUACACAAAAAGGUUUACUAGCAAAUUUCAACAGUAGCAGCCAAUGAGCUGGUUAAGGCUAUGAUCCUAAGCAUAUUGCCCAUGACAAAAAACCAAGUGAGCCUUAAUUGGGCUUAUAUUUAGUCAGGUUUGGAUGAAAAAGUUUUUCAUAGAAUCAUAGAAUAGUAGAGUUGGAAGGGGCCUAUAAGGCCAACCCCCUGCUCAAUGCAGGAAUCCACCCUAAAGCAUCCCUGACAGAUGGUUGUCCAGCUUCCUCUUGAAGGCCUCUAGUGUGGGAGAGCCAACCACCUCCCUAGGUCACUGGUUCCAUUGUCGUACUGCUCUAACAGGAAGUUUUUCCUGAUGUCUAGCCGGAAUCUGGCUUCCUGUAACUUGAGCCCAUUAUUCCGUGUCCCUCACUGGGAUGAUGGAGAAGAGAUCCUGGCCCUCCUCUGUGUGACAACCUUUUAAGUAUUUGAAGAGUGCUCUCAUGU